AUGUCUUUCAAAAUCGCUGCUACUCUCGCUGGCGCUUUCGCCUCCGUCGCCCUCGCCCACGGUACCGUGACUGGUAUCAAGGUCGAUGGUGUCUACCAGGCCGGCUACAGCCUCGACUCUUACUACUUGGCCCAGAAUGGUGGCAAGAUCCCUGAUAUUGCUGCUUGGUCUGCCGAGAACCUCGACAAUGGCUUUGUCCCUCCUAGCGACUUCGGUACUUCCGACAUUGCUUGCCACAAGAAGGCUGCCCCCGGAACCAGGUCUGUCUCCGUCAAGGCUGGUGGCUCCGUUGAGUUCCAGUGGUCCAACUGGCCCGAGUCUCACAUCGGACCUGUCCUGACUUACGUCGCCAAGUGCUCUGGAAAGUGCACUGAGGCUGACCCUGCCACCCUCAAGUGGGUUAAGAUCGAUGCUGCUGGACUCGACGGCACCUGGGCUGCAGCCGAUCUCAUCAAGAACAACAACACCUGGACUAGCACUGUCCCCGAGACUCUUGCCGCUGGAAGCUACGUCUUCCGUCACGAGAUCAUCGCCCUUCACGGCGCUGGCUCCAAGGAUGGUGCCCAGAACUACCCCCAGUGCUUCAACAUCGACAUCACUGGCUCUGGUACUGACAACCCCGAGGGUACUCUGACCACAGAGCUCUACACCGACUCUGAGCCCGGUAUUCUCUUUGACCCUUACAAGGGUUCCACCACGUACGAGAUCCCCGGACCUGCUCUGUACGGCUCUGGCUCUGGCUCCCAGCCCAUCAUUCCCGGUACCCCUUCCAACGGCACCAUCUCGACACCCACUCCCGUUGCCCCUACUCCUAUCGCCACCAGCCUUGUGACCUCGGUGGUCGCUACCCCCACCCAGCAGGCUCUCGAGGUUACUACCACUGCCGCUCCUGAGGCUCCCGUUGCCACUCUGCCUGCUGCUGGUGGUGAGGCUGAGGAGGACUCUGAUGCUCUUCCUGAGACUUUCACUCUUGACACCUUCAUUGCGUGGCUGCGAAAGAAGAAUGGCUCCCAGAAGGCCCGUCGCCAUGCUCGCCACUUCUAA